AUUGGUGUUAAAAUUGGGGUGAAGGUCCUAUUAAAAUAAAUUAAAGAACUUUGUUGGAACUUGAAAGUUACUCUGCAGCACAUACACGGUUCGGGUUUUGGAAAGACCGUGCAAGAGCUCAGCGCCACUCUACUGACUCGGUAAGGAAACCGCAAAAGUAGUCAACUGUCAAAACCUUAAAACCCCCCACACUUUACCGAAAUCCCUUUUUCUCGGAGCAAAAAAUGGUUCCAAAUCCAGCGUCACUUACCCUCAAAUCCUCAUUUUUACACCGUUUCGUAGGGUUCUCUCGUAGACCCACUUCGCUUUCUGGACACCCGACCCGGACUCCCGUAAAACAAGUCCAGAUGAGGGGCUAUCUGAGUUGUUCUUCGUGCCAGUCUUACUCUUCUCCGCUGAAUUCUGGUCAUGGAGCUGUGCUUCAGAAUUUGCGUCGUUCUGAAAUGGGACUCAGGCAACUGGGUCUGGGUCUUACCCAUUUCCGGGUUUCUGCCGUCCCGGAUGGAGUGCCCGGCGGGACAGGUGGGUUUGGGGGUUCCGGUGAUGGGAAUUCUCGUGGGAGAGGUGAAGGCGGUGCUGGCAGUGACGGUGACGGUGGAAAUAACUGGUCCUUGCUGUCGUGGUAUAUGGCUCUUCUUGCAAAGUAUCCUGUGUCAACAAAAGCUCUGACAUCUGCGCUUUUAACUUUAAUUGGAGAUUUGAUCUGCCAGCUUGUGAUUGAUCAAGUGCCAUCACUAGACUGGAAAAGGACAUUCCUGUUUACUCUGUUGGGCCUGGUGUUAGUGGGUCCCACAUUGCAUUUCUGGUAUUUAUAUUUGAGUAGAUUGGUAACAUUGCCUGGAGCUUCAGGUGCAUUCUUGCGCCUUCUACUGGAUCAGUUCCUCUUUUCUCCUAUAUUUAUUGGAGUUUUCUUAGCCACGUUGGUGACACUGGAAGGAAGGCCAUCGCUAGCUAUACCGAAGCUUCAGCAGGAGUGGUUCUCUGCUGUUCUUGCAAAUUGGAAGUUGUGGAUACCUUUCCAAUUUCUCAACUUCAGAUUUGUACCCCAGCAAUUCCAGGUCCUUGCUGCUAAUUUUAUUGCUGUAGUGUGGAAUGUUGUUCUCUCCUUUAUUGCACACAAGGAGAUUCUUCCAAGAAAAGACAAUCCCUAGUACUCUGCCAGAUGAGCAAAAUAAUGUCAAUCUCAUGCCUUGAUCAGUAAACUGCAGAAUGUUAAAAUACACUUGUUAAAGAGCCUUUGCUUUGAUACAAAAGGAUCUGCUUUGAGUUAUGGAUCAAAAGCUGGAUUUAUCUCUCUA